GAGCCCGCGGGUCCCCGGCCGAGGAAUCAGGAGGCCACCCCACACAUAUCUGCACAGCCCUGGGGAAGAAGGCGCUGAGCCUGGUGGGGAAGGGCAGGCAGGGUAGGGCAGCUGGAGCCUGUCUACAACUGCAAGCUGAACCUCCGUGUGGCAUCGACUCUCGGUUGGAGGAGGCGUCCCCCGCCCCGUGGCCGGGAGAGCAGCGGGUAACAGUGGCCAUCAUGCACAGUGGUAUCGCGUCCGCCGUGCGCGCCCCGCGACGCCUCUGAGUCUGGGAGUUCCAGCCCAGGGCCCGCGAACCUGCCCGCCCCCGCGGCCACACCAUGAGCCACGGGCCGAGCCCCCGGCUGGCCGAGUCCCCGCAGCUGUCCAAAGGUAGCCUCCUGACCAUCUUGGGCAGCCCGUCGCCCGAGCGCAUGGGGCCGGCCGACUCGCUGCCGCCCACGCCGCCGAGCGGCACGCCCUCGCCCGGGCCACCUCCCGCUCUGCCGCUGCCGCCGGCGCCCGCGCUGCUGGCCGACGGGGACUGGGAGAGCCGUGAGGAGCUGCGGCUGCGGGAGUUGGAGGAGGCGCGCGCGCGGGCGGCGCAGAUGGAGAAGACCAUGCGCUGGUGGUCGGACUGCACGGCCAACUGGCGCGAGAAGUGGAGCAAGGUGCGCGCCGAGCGCAACCGCGCGCGCGAGGAGGUGCGCCAGCUGCGCCAGCGUCUCGACGCGCUCACCAAGGAGCUGGCGGGCGCGCGGCGCGAGCGCCAGGAGGCGCAGGGCGAGUGCGAGGCGCGGGGCCGCGAGCUGGCGCGGCUGCGGGGCGCCCGGGGGGUCACGGACAGGACGCCUGACGGUCCCGAGACCGAGCCAGAGAGGGAGCAGGAGCCAGUGCGCGACGUCGGGUCGGAGAGACCCCAGGGCAGCCAGGAGCUGGAGCUGGUGGAGGGCCUGCUGAAGAGCAGACCAGAGGAGCCCGAGGGCUGCUGGGAGGCACGCAGCGUAGGGGCCGGGGCCUCACGGGGCAGCUCGGGCCGCCAGGAGCGCAGCCGACUGCCCUGGGAGGACACCGCCACCAUCGAGGAGGACGCCUCCAAGUUGACUGCCCUGCGGCUACGGCUGGAUGAGUCCCAGAAGGUGCUGCUCAAGGAGCGAGAGGAUAAAAUGGCACUGAGCAGGAACAUUGAGAAGCUGGAGGGGGAGCUCAGCCAGUGGAAGAUCAAGUAUGAGGAGCUGAGCAAGACCAAGCAGGAGAUGCUCAAGCAACUCAGCAUCCUGAAGGAGGCCCACCAGGACGAGCUGGGCCGCAUGUCCGAAGACCUGGAGGACGAGCUGGGUGCACGCUCCAGCAUGGACAGGAAGAUGGCGGAGCUGAGGGGCGAGAUGGAGCGGCUGCAGGCGGAGAACGCAGCCGAGUGGGGUCGCCGUGAGCGGCUGGAGACAGAGAAGCUGGGCCUAGAGCGUGAGAACAAGAAGCUGCGGGCACAGGUCGGGGACCUGGAGGAGGCGCUGGCCCGGCGACGGCGGCAGACAGCCAGCGCGCUGGACUGCGACCUGCGGGCCAGCCAGGCCGCGCUCUUCGAGAAGAACAAGGAGCUGGCAGACCUGAAGCAUGUGCACAGCAAGCUGAAGAAGCAAUUCCAGGAGAAGGUGGCAGAGCUGGCACACGCCAACCGGCGGGUGGAACAGCACGAGGCAGAGGUGAAGAAGCUGCGGCUGCGGGUGGAGGAGCUCAAGAAGGAGCUGGCCCAGGCUGAGGACGAGUUGGACGAGGCCCACAACCAGGCGCGUAAGCUGCAGCGGUCACUGGACGAGCAGACGGAGCAAAGCGAGAACCUGCAAGUGCAGCUGGAGCACGUGCAGUCCAGGCUCCGCAGGCAGCAGCAGAAUGCCCCCCUCUUUGGAAAGAUCCGCAGUGCUCGCUUUGGCGCCGAGGAGGCGGGGGACGGAGCCAGUGACCUGGACGAGGAUGAGGACCUGCAGAUCCAGGUGGCCUAGAGCUCCCAGGGCUGGGCAGGACUGGCCAGCAGCCCGGGCCCCUGGGUGCCCAGGCUGACCAGCCACUUGAACUGAUGCAGCUACCUGUGCUCGCUCUGGGAGCAGACCACGGUCCCUGCCACAGAUGACUUCCUUCUCUCCCACAGUGGGCAUCAGUGGUCCCACCUUACCUACACUCUGUGAAAGGGAAGCCAUGGCCUAUGUUUUAUAUAUAUAUAUACAUAUAUAUAUAUAUAUAUAAUAUAUAUAUAUAUGCCUGGGGUCCUUGGACCCAUUUGGUUUUAUAGACACAGGACCACUCUGAGGCCCACUCUAGGUGCCCCCCCCAACCUAGGACCUUCUUGCAGGGGGAGCGGGUGUCAAAGGAGGGCUGUUGGGACCUCCACCCAGGCUGCCUCUCUGGGCCUUAGGGGUCGGGCGGGGGUUGUGGCUGUUCAUAGUACAAUGUGAUAAACCCAGUCUUUUGUAAUAAAUGGAGUUCAGGUUCUCGGGCUGGAGUCCUGAGAGUGUGGCAGAUGUGGGCACGCAGUGUGGGGGACAGACAGGAUCAGCCUACCCCUGGCACCGAACCUGAGCUCAGGAAUAUUGAUAUUAAGUCACUUGAAUGACUUAAUAAAUGAAUGAACGUGAGAAAGAAUGAAUGAAUGAACACUGGAACUGCUGAAUGGUCUGGAAUCCAGCUCCUUUGAGGGGAAGGAAAAGGGAAGGCGCAUGUCUAAUCUGGAGGAGACUUCAGUUCUGGCACCAGAUGAAUUCAAAUCUCUGCUCUGCCUCUUACUGGCUGUGCAACCUUGGGGAAGUUAAUUGCCCUCUCUGAGCCUCAGUUUCUCCAUCUAUAAAUUAGAUGUCUCAUAGAGCCAUCAGGAGAAUUCGGUGAGUUCAUCUGGAGCUCAGUAAAGGUUAGUUAUAAUUGAAAUACUUGAAGGUAUGCCCUGGAGAGGGGGGCUUUGCCAGCUGGGUCCUGCCGUAAGGGGUGAAGUUCAGGCAACUGACUGGUGGGUGUUUACCCAGAGGUAGGUAUGAACACAACAAAUAAUAAAUCCUUUUAUCAUUCCCCUAGCCCUGCUCUAGGUAGUGAAAUUACAGGUAAUCUUAUUU